UUGUGUAAAAUAGUGAGAAAAACAAAAAUUGUUGUUUUAACCACAAGAAAAACUGCAGCCGUUGAUCGUGUUUGUUUCUCAAUCUGAGGCAGCAACAUGUCGACGUACAGAAACAAAAAGUGUUUGAGAGCAUCUUAAAAGCUGACAAUAGCUACGCAACUGCCAACACCUUUUAUCAGACUGUGGAAAAUAGGUCCGGUAUGAGGUUCCUUUCGACUGAACAAGAAGCACAAACAAUUAACAUAGCUUGAAGGCAACGACUCCAGCAAAGCAACUGAUUACCGUACAACCGGGGUGAUGUACUGAAACGGUGCAUAAGAGCAAUGGAUAAAAGCAAAUCUCCAGUACGCCGCGCAAAACGUCAAUCGAAAGUAGUGGAAGAAAAUUUCUGGGACUGCAGCGUUUGUACGUACCGAAACACAGCUGAAGCCUUCAAGUGCUUGAUGUGUGACGUGCGAAAAGUCUACUCCGUUCCAGGUACUUCCACACGUAAGCCGCGGCUUAAUUCGGCGCUUGCUGCACAGCAAGCAGCUACACAAGCAUUCCCUGGUGCGUCCGGGCAGACGGCCGGCACAAACGUCAAGUCGCCGGGGAGCACGAAAGCAUCAAAGAGCAAGAACAAACGCUCGAAACAUCCCGCCCGGCUUAAAAACAUCGAUCGUUCCAGCGGCCAGACUCGUGAGGUUACCGUCAACUCGGUCACUGUCGUCAUUACCGAAUAUAAACCAAAGCCCCCCGUCAGUCGGCACGAUUCCAGUGAAAGUUUUAGCGAAAGCAACGAUUCUAGAAGUUAAGCAAAUUUCCACACCACUGGCAGCUAUAGUGUAGAUCACAAAUGGAGAAAGAAUAUUAUAAAACUCAUAAAACAUAACAAGGCGCAGUUCCAGCUCAACUGCUUUGCGAUAAACUAUAGAUUAUAUGUUAGACGUUUGAUGAUUCGUUCAAUUCAAAGCCACUGGUUUUACCACAACAAAUAUUUGAGAUUCUCGAAGCAUUCUUCUUGGCUAGUGGAAACGGUUCUUUAUAAGCAAUAUUUUGAAUCCGUUCCUAUUUUUAUUUAUUUCUUUAUUAGUUUUCUUCGUGUCCUGUACAUUACAUGCAAGAAAGGUAAUCCCGGACGACAAAAGAGAAGUUUGUUUUAACUAAACAUAUCCUCACAGGUACUCUGCAGAAGAAGAGAGUAGCUUGUUGAUACAUACAUUUAUUUUGAGGUUUCAAAGGCACUAGGAAACGUGUAAUGUUGUUUAUGAAGGCCUUGCUACACAAAUGAAAAAAACCCAAAUUAUUCGGUAGGUAAUUGGCAUUGUGUUAGCAGAUAACGAACGUUUGCAUCUUUCCGUAGCUUAGUACCAUUUAAUCAAAUAGUGUGAUUUUACAACCCUGCACAUGUGUUGUGCAGAAAGAGAAACUUUUUGUAAAGUUACGAUUGGUUUAGCUUCUGUUUAGAAAUCUUCAGAUUGUUGGAAGGAUUUCGUUCGAUUCUCCUUCGAUCGUAUAUAGGUAAACAGGAAGCUUCAAAACUGCCAUGUUUCCAUUAGAAAGCAGAGAACGAGUGACAACUGAUGGAUUGUAAAUGAAUAAACGGAUGAUUUAAUUCUUACAGAAUGUUUUUGAAUGAACUAAUCAAUUUGUUUUGAUUUUCAGAGAAAAUUAUACCAUUGCAAGGAAUUUCCAAUAAUUUGAUCACAGCUCAAACGAUGGAAUGCUUAAUAGCAAGUGCAUAUGUAAUAUUUGUUGUGAAGGACUUUAUAGUGAUAAUGAAAUUGAUGAAAUUUGAAUUAAUCACCAUUAAUACAAGAUUUUUUUAUAAGAUCACAUGCAACUGAGUAAAACUAUAAAUGCCAUAUUUUAUAUCCAUAACUGGAAGCGUAA